AUGAAUAGUUCAUGCAGUUUAGAGUCGCUGGCUUCUACGAUCGUGGCCUUAAAAGAAGAUGUUUGUCAUCAACCUACAAAAGAAGACCUCAAUCGAAUAAAGAAGGAACUUCGGAAGCGCACAGAAAGCCUACAAAAUAAGGGCCGUCAUAUUCUGUACAGUUGGGAGGAUCGUUAUAAUCAAUUUGAAAUUAAUGAUCACAUAAAACGAUUGGAAAGACGAGUUGAUGAAUUGGAUUUUCAAGUUGAAAAAACUAUAAAUGCCAAUGCACUAUUCCUUUCAAAACUUGUUCAGGGAACUGAAGCCAACUUUUUGCCCGAAAAGUACUAA